CUUCAAGCUGGGGGUUCGCACACGCCGGGGGUCAGGCAGAAAGGGGGCUCUCAGAAGCGUUCCGGGCCAGCCUUGCAGCCAGAUCCUCUCUCCUGCAGGGCCUUGACACCCAGUUAGUUGGGACAAGAAACCAACGAAGGUGGAGGUCCGAAGUCCCUCACGCCUCCCACUGAAGCAGUCCAACAGGCCGCUGCCACCAGCUGGCCAGCAACUGCGUGUCACCCCAGUGCGGUGCCUACCCUCAGGAGACAGCUCUCUCUCUCUGCUCCGGCGGCACCAAGGGAGCCCACCCACUCUCCGCACUAACCUGGCCGCCGCACACUCGCCGGGCUCCGCUGCGCGCGGCUUCCGGGUGUGCGCAAAGACGCAGGGGCGGCGCCCCAGCCCAAGCCGCCGGGUCAGCCCGCGCGUCCCGCCUUCUCCGCGCAGGGCCUCUCCUUCCUGCCCCGCUGUCCUCCGUGGCCAGUCCCCUGCCUCCGGGCAAAGCCCACCUAGUCUGCUGAGCAGGCACCACUGCUGGCAGCAGCAGACCCGCCCCCGCCCCGCCCCCUACUCCCGCCACACCAUGGUGGAGCCCGGAGAAAAACUGCCAGAGGAAGUGUUGGCGCUCAUCUUCCGCGAUCUGCCUCUCAGAGACCGGGCUGCAACCGCCAGAGUCUGCAAGGCCUGGGCUGCCGCCACCACCAGCAGUGCUGUGUGGCGUGACACCAGCAUCAGUUGUGACAGUGAGCUGGAAGACUUGUUGCCACCGUAUUUGUCCGCCUGCCUGGACCACAUUCACAACCUACGGCUGGAAUAUGAGCCAUCAAAGAAGCCCAGCCGCCGAGCAGCCACUGAGCUACUGAGGGCCCUUGCUGGCCGAGCCCCAGGACUUCGAGGCCUACGCUUGGAAUGCUGCGGAGAGACGCCGCUUUUUGACGCGGGUGGCGACAUCCUGAGCGCUGUGCACGCCGUCUGCGGAGCCGCUCACCAACUGCGCCACCUCGACCUGCGCCGCUUGCCCUACACACUAGACGACACGCUGGUGCUUCAGGCUGCACGUGAUUGUCCCGAGCUCCGUAGCCUUUUCCUGGACAACCAUGCACUAGUGGACAACGUGCAGCCCAGCUCUGUGCUCAAGCUUUUGGAGGCCUGCCCGCACCUGCGCGCCCUUGGACUGCACCUGGCCAGUCUGUCGCCUGCCGCGCUGGAACUGCUGGCCGCGCCACAUCGCGCCCCUUUUGCACUCCUGGCAUUGAGGUGCGCGUGCCCCGAAGAUGCCCGUGCGUCCCUCCUGCCUGAUGAAGCCUGGGCGACACUGCGUUGCCGCCACCCUGGGCUGGAGGUGGAGCUGGAGCUGGAGCCGGCGCUUCCAGACGAGGCCGUAACGCGCGUCCUGCAACCAGCCGUACCAGUGGCUGUACUGCGUCUCAACCUCUCGGGUGACACGGUAGGGCCCGUGCGCUUCGCAGCGUGCCACUACGCCGAAACUCUGCGCGCCCUCGAGGUACGCGCGUCCGCUUCCACCGAGCUGCACACCGCUCUGGAGGAGGUGGCGGCGCGCUGCGCGGGCUUGAGGGAGAUACACUGCUUCUGCGUGGUGAGACCCUCGGUACUGGACGCCUUCCGCGCGCACUGCCCGCGCCUGCGCAGCUACACCCUCAAACUAAAGCGAGAGCCGCAUCCCUGGCGGCCCACGCUGGUGCGGUGAUUGGGCAAUCUCACCACUUCUGGACUGCACGGACCCCAAGCCUCUGAAAGGACUGAGCAAGUCGUGCAGGCAUUCCCCAGCCGCUAGCCCCGUCCUUGGGGAGCCCCUUGACUACUGUGCUUGUCGGGGCUUG